CCAUGGCCAGCCGGAAGAUAACUCCCAUGUUCAACGAUUACGUGUACGAAGCGAUCCGUCAGAUUGCAGUCGAGCAGGGCUUUACGCCGGAUCUGUUUUCGGUGGAUUUCGACGAAGAAACGCGGCUCGAGUGUGACGGGUACGUGAGCUUCGUGUUCAAGGCCAUCAUCAAUGGAGACGAUCGUGAGUUUACGCUGUGGUGUAAGGUGCCACCGAACGACGAUAAACGUUCGUUGGAGCUGUUCAAGCGGGAAUGUUUCUUCUACCGCGAAACGCUGCACGGGUUCUACGAGUUCCAGUCGGAGAAGGGUGUGUCCGAGGAGUCCGGUGAAGGGUUUUACGCGACGCCGAAAUGCUAUCUGGCACACUGCAAUACCGACAAAUCGGAACCCGAAGCAUUGAUCAUGCUGGAGUACAAUGAAGCGUUCGAAAAGUGGGACUGGGACAAGCUGGAACCGAUCAACGUGGAGCAUACGCGGUUGGUGAUGCAGCAGCUCGGACGGUUGCAUGCACUGUCGUUUGCGAUGAAGGAACAGCGUCCGGAAGUGUUUGAGCAGUACAAGCAGGCCGGUGUGGUGGUCGGCGAGCAGGGCAGUGGAUUGAUCACGUUGAUGAAGGAAUCGUUCGAUCGUGCUCUUACCACGAUGAAAACUCGGUUCGAAUCGGAACAGGACCGGAUCGGUGCUGUAAAGGAUGCUGUGUUCGAGAGUCUGAAGGGAUGUUGCGAUCCGGCCACUGCUGAACCGUACUGUGUCGUCACGCACGGUGACUGUUGGAUCAAUAAUCUUAUCUACUCGCAUAAUGAGAACAACGUGGCAACAGGUGUCAUUUUGACCGACUGGCAAUCGUCCCGGUACGCAUCGCCCAUCCUCGAUCUGUGCUACUUCUUCUUCAUCUCGGCCGGUGAACAGUUCCGGCGGGAUUAUAUGGAUAGCUUGCUGCACCAUUACCAUGCCUCGUUGGCCGACUUUCUCAUCCGGCUCGGUGGGGACGCAUCGCGUCAGUUCCCGCUGACCACUUUGCUCAGGUUGAUGAAGCCGUACCGUGAUUUGCUCGGAAGCUAGCUGUUUGCGCAUCCCGCGCUCGUGUUGCGAAUCGUUAAGCCCAUGUUUCGCUUGUA